AUGGGUCACCGGCAGCUCGGCUGGAGUCACCCACGAAAAUUCAGCCAGGGUUCCUGCUCUUGCCGCGUCUGCUCAAACCACCACGAUCUGAUCUGGAAGUUCGGGCUGAACGGGUAUGGGCAGUGCUUCCGCCAGUACGCAAAGGACAUCGGCUUCAUGAAGUUGGACUAAGCGG